CGGAGAUUGUGAAUUUGAGACUAAUUUAAGCCGAAUUUCGUGUGAGGCUGAGCUUCAUUCUCGGUGUUCUCCAAACGCGAGGGGCGGCACACCACACACUCACUCGCACGAAGGAGAAAAAACAGAGGUCCCUUAUCGUCGGAGGUAGAGAGAGAGAGCAUUCGCCGGCAAGAGCAGGAGGAGAGGAGACCUGUUCUUCACCAGGGCCCACAAAAAGAUCAUAUUAAGAGAUGGCAGAAGCAGAGGAUAUUCAGCCCCUUGUUUGUGACAAUGGAACCGGAAUGGUGAAGGCUGGAUUUGCUGGAGAUGAUGCUCCAAGGGCUGUCUUCCCCAGUAUCGUGGGCCGCCCUCGUCACACUGGUGUGAUGGUUGGUAUGGGCCAAAAAGAUGCUUAUGUUGGCGAUGAAGCCCAAUCCAAGAGAGGUAUUUUGACACUCAAGUACCCAAUUGAGCAUGGCAUUGUGAGUAACUGGGAUGAUAUGGAGAAGAUUUGGCACCACACUUUCUACAACGAACUCCGUGUGGCUCCAGAAGAGCACCCAAUUCUGUUGACUGAAGCUCCUCUUAAUCCCAAGGCGAAUCGUGAGAAAAUGACUCAAAUCAUGUUUGAGACGUUCAAUGCCCCUGCCAUGUAUGUCGCGAUUCAGGCUGUUCUCUCCCUCUAUGCCAGUGGUCGAACAACUGGUAUUGUUCUGGAUUCUGGUGAUGGUGUGAGCCAUACAGUCCCAAUCUACGAGGGUUAUGCCCUCCCCCACGCCAUCCUGCGUCUGGAUCUGGCCGGCCGUGACCUGACUGACCACCUCAUGAAGAUCCUAACGGAGCGCGGCUACUCCUUCACCACAACAGCCGAACGGGAAAUUGUGAGGGACAUCAAGGAGAAGCUGGCCUACAUUGCCCUUGACUAUGAGCAGGAGAUGGAGACUGCCAAGACCAGCUCUGCUGUCGAGAAGAACUAUGAGCUGCCGGACGGGCAGGUGAUUACCAUUGGGGCCGAGCGGUUCCGCUGCCCGGAGGUCCUCUUCCAGCCGUCCAUGAUCGGGAUGGAAGCUGCCGGAAUUCACGAGACUACUUACAAUUCCAUCAUGAAGUGUGAUGUGGAUAUUAGGAAGGAUCUGUAUGGGAAUAUUGUGCUGAGUGGCGGCAAGGAGAUCACGGCUCUGGCACCCAGCAGCAUGAAGAUCAAGGUCGUGGCCCCACCUGAGAGGAAGUACAGUGUCUGGAUCGGUGGUUCUAUUCUCGCCUCUCUCAGCACUUUCCAGCAGAUGUGGAUAGCCAAGGCAGAGUAUGACGAGUCUGGACCAUCGAUCGUCCACAGAAAGUGCUUCUAGAAAUAUUUGUGAUGGCAUAUAUGCUGUGUCUCGUUUGCUUUUUCCCUGAUUUCUUCUUGUUCUGGCCUCUGGGUCUUUCCUUUAUCUUUUAAGAUUUGGGACAUUGGAUAUGGAGACAGUAUUCAAUUUUUCCUAUUUUAAGUUUGUAGAAGAAAUGUGUAAUUUGAAAGGGUACUUAAUGGCUUGAGUUUUGGGAUGGUCACAUGAAAUAUCUAUGUUGUGUUAAUUAUUUGUUUCUUGGUUCCUCUUUGCCCUUGUUUUCAUGAAACAAGUAUGAAUUCGUAUU